AUGGAAUCUCAACCGGCGGAAUCAACCAACGACACUGUAGAAGCUUCAGAAGCUCCAGCAACCUCGGAAAAACCGCAGAAACCAGUAAAAACCGAAGAACCGCCGUCUGGCGACCUUAAUUUAGGUGUGAAGGAGGAGCAAGAUGAAGAUGUUAAAGUUGCAACCAAAAAAGAGAACUCAGAAGUAAAAAUGGAAGUGGAUCAGGAGGCUGAUGAAGCCAGUAAUCAAAAGAGCGAGGUGAAGGACGAAGAAGAGGAGGAAAAUGAGGUCUCGGAUGAGGAGCAAGGUUCAGAUGAGGACGAAGAAGAGCGGGAAGAGUCGCAAGAACCUCCGAAACAGGAAGAGAGGGUGUUAACAAGGCUAAAUCCGAAGGUAUGAGGUUUUAUUUUUUUUUGUGCUUGAAGUUUAGGAGCAAAUAUGGAGGAUAGUAUAUUGCACUACCUGAAAUUGAUAAAACGUGAAAAUUUUGGUAUGUUUUCCAUGUUCUGAUGGGAAAUUCUAACGGAAUGUGCUUUACUAGGCCUCAUCAGGGAUGUAUUCAAUGGCUUCUUUAGUCUUUUCGUUGUUUAAUGUCCUUUUUGGGGCAAAUUUAUAUUGUACUAGACCUAAAUGUGAAAAAAAUUCAAUUUUGCUAAUUUUUUUGAUUGGUGAUGCGAAAUUGAAGUACCAACAGCUUCUGUAGACCAUAUAUGGUCUUUCUAUAGCGAUUUCACGCCUUAAAUUUCCUUAGGCAUUCGGUGAAACUCAGAUUUUACCAUCAGUCCCAUGGAUAAUAUAAAAAGUCAUAAUCCUUCUCCACUUGUCUCAAAAUCGCUCAAGAAGAAUGUAUAACUCCUAUUAUUUCAGUUUCUCUAUGAAGAUCCACAAUUCGCUCAUGUUUGCUCGUUUUUCAACACAUUUGGAUCUGCUUUAGGUGUUGGACCGACAAUAUCUAAAUUGGAAGAACUUUUUACGACCGAAGAGAAUGGAGAACGUAAGUGUAUUACUUUUUACUGAGUUUAUAUUAAAAUUCGAGGUGUUUUGAUCAUUUUUCAUUUCAAUUUUUACAAAUAAUUAGCUUUUUUUGUCAUGUGUAAUAUAAUUUUUUAUGAAAUUUUUUGAUUUUUGAUGCUAAUAUCAUGCAUUUGGACUGAUUAUGGUUAGAAAAUAAGAUUUAUAGCCUUUUCGUUCUGAGAAGAACCAAAUUUUUUCUGAUUUUUGUCAUGGAUAAUAUAAAUUUUGUUGAUAUCUCUGAGUUUUAUGCCUAAAAAUAUAAAAUAUGAACAGAGUAUAACAUAAAAAUGCUUGUCAAACCUGUUCGAAGCGAAAAUUUUGUAAAAUUUUGAUCAAUUUUUGUCAUGUGUAAUAUAAUUUUUUCCAAAAUUUCACUUCAAUUCCUUUAAAAACGCUUUUUUCAGCCCUCCCAGAGCUCGCCGAACUCCAGACAUUUCUUUUCAAGCGCCUAUCAUACAUGAAAUACGCGCAAAUCAAACGAUUCCCCGGCUGUAUGAAGAAAUUCGUCGAAACAAACAUUGAAACACAAGAAUAUGCGGCCGAAUUGCAAAUGCAUGGCUAUAAUGAUCUCUCCUAUCCGACCAAAAUCAACAUUCUGACCGCUUUAUGUCAUGCGCAGUUCGAUUACAACUUCAAAUUCAAAGAAGUGGUGAGUUUUUGAUGGAGAACUUUUGAGGGGUUUUGAAGCAAGUUUAAGGGUCUUUUGGAUCGCUUUUGAGGCUUUUAGGGAACUUUUGAGAGAAUUUUGAUCACUUUUGAUUUUUUUGGGAUUGCUUUUGAGGGCCUUUUGGAUCUCUUUUGAGGGUUUUUUGGAUCACUUUUGAGGCUUUUAAGGAUCACUUUCGAGUGGAUUUUUAUUAGUUUUGAGGGGGUUUUGGACCACUUUUGGGGCCUUUUGAAUCAAGUUUGAGGGAAUUUUGAUCACUUUUGAGGGGCUUUGAAGCUGUUUUGCGGUUUUUUGGACCACUUUCGAGGCCUUAUGGAUUACUUUUGAGGGUUUUUUGGAUCACUUUUGAGGGGGUUUGAAGCAAUUUUUAGGGGGUUUUGGAUCGCUUUUGAGGGUUUUAUCGAUCACUUUUGAGGGAAUUUUGAUUAUUUUUGAGGGGGUUUUGAUCUCUUUUGAGGUCUUAUGGGUAACUUUUGAGGUUUUAUGGAUAACUGUUGAGGGGUUUUUGGAUCACUUUUGAGGCCUUUUGAAUCACUUUUGAGGGGGUUUUGCAUAACUUUGGGGGCCUUUUGAAUCACUUUUGAGGGAAUUUUUGAUUAGUUUUGAGAAUUUUGAUAAUUUUUGAGGUCUUCGGCUCACUUUCGAGGGGAUUUCAAACACCUUUGAGGCCUUUUGAAUCACUUUUGACGUGUUUUAAGAACUUUUGAAUUUUUAUGGGAGGUUAAAAAAUAAUUUUAUAUCUUUUUAUCUAUUUUUUUUCACCUCAUUUUUUACUCAAAAUCACUCUAAAAUUCUUAAUUCGAAAUUUUUUGAUUUUUUUCCGAUAAAUUUUUUUUUCAAAAUUUUUUACUAAAAAUAACCCAAACUUGCUCCAGAUUCACCACACUUUCCAUGUGUUCGACAUGCGCUGGGGUCCGAUCGGCGUCGACAAGAACGGCGUUCAGUUUUUCUACCAGGAAGACAAGGACUUCAACGUCCGAGUUUUCGCCGUAGACGCGAAUGACGUCACCUACGAGUCGUGGGAGCUGAAAGCCCGCACCUUGAAAGAGCUGUACAAAUUGAUUUCGAACCUAAAAAGCGCCGAUUAUGGCAGCAAAGCCAAGGAGGAAAGCGACGAUGACGAAGAAAAAAUCCUCGAAAUUCAGCAGCAGAAUGGCGAGGAUUCGCAGCUCAGCCAGCCGGAUGAUGAGCCAGUUUUGGAACUAAAGGAAUCAGAACGAAAUAAAGUGGAAUUUAAUACGAAACACUUUACCAGACUAAACAAAUUUUGGCCCGAGGAAAUGCUCAAUAAUGUAAGGGAUUUUCGUUUUUUGCUUUGAAUUUUAGGUAAAAAAAUGAGGAAUGGCAUCUUUUUUGGCCUUGGCGGAGCUUGAUUUAGUCUUUUUUGAGGAAAAAAUUAUAUUACUUUAGGUUGAUUUUGAUGAAUUUUAGUGUUUGUGCAGGGAAUUUUGAGGAUUUUUGGGAGAAUUAGGGCAGAAUAUAUUUAUUUAUACUUUGAUUGGGCUUUUUGAAGAGAAAAAUUUGGAAAAUUGAGGAAAAUUUAUAUUACUUUAGGUCGAUGUUGAUGAAUUUUAAUGUUUGCACUGGGAAUUUGGAUGAUUUUAGUGAGGAUUAGACCACUAUGCAUCAAUUUAUGCUUUGAUUGGGCUUUUUGAAGGGAAAAAUUUGGAAAAAUUAUAUUACUUUAGGUUGAUUUUGAUGAAUUUUAGUCUCUGCGCUGGGAAUUUUGAUGAUUUUAAGGAAAAUUAACACACUUUUCACUCAUAUGAAUCUUAGCUAGGCUUUUCUUGGAGGAAAAACGAAAAAUUUUGGAAAAAAUUAUAUUAUUUUAGGUAACAUUUGAUAAAAUUUCGAUGUUAACCUGGGAAUUUUAGGGAUAUUUUGGGUUUUUAUGUGAUUUUACGUCACGAAUUAUCUAUUUAGAGCUUUUAUUUUUUAGAAAUUGCAAGAAUUUUAUAAAAAUUAUGUUAUUUUAGGUAUGUUUAGUCGAUUUUUGAGAUUUUCGGCGCAAAUUUUUUGCUUUGAUCAGAUUUUUUUUGUAUUUUGAUCCUAUUUGGGCUUGAUCUGUUAUUUACAAUGUAAAGUUGUUGUUGAAAAUGUAAAAUUUUUUAUUUCUGACCUUAUUUUAGUCCCCUUUGAUACCACAAAAAAAAUUUCAGAAACGAAACCUCAAGAACAUCAGAAAAGCCGCGAAAUUGAAUCCGACACCAGUCAAAAAGCCCAAAAAGCAGGAAGUUGAAGAGGUCGAGGAAGAAGAGCCCGUUGAGGAGGAAGAGGAAAAAGAAAAAAGCGAAGAAGUGGAAGAAGAAAGUGAAAAAGAAAAGUCGCAAGAAAAGGAAGCGGAAGAAAAGAAGGAUGAGAGCAAAGAGGAAGAGGAAUUGAUCAAUAUGGAAGAGCUUGCGGUAAGAUUUGAGCGAUUUUGAGAGGAUUUGCACCUUGUUUUAUGUAAUUUUAUCUUAUUGUUGGCUAGUAUAAGGUAUUUUUGGAGGUGGAAUACGGAGAAAAUGUUUAAAAAUGUGAUUUUAGGCCUCUUGAGAGGAGUUUGAGAUUGAUUUCAUAAGUUUUGGACACAUUUUUUAUAUUACACUUGCCUAGUGUAAAUAUAAUUUUUGGUUGUAAAAUACGUUGAUUGGUGUUAAGCAAGCCUUAUUGGGGCUGUUAAGUACACUUGAGAUUGAUUUUACAGAUUUUGGAAACAUUUUUUAUAUUACACUUGCCUAGUGUAAUAUAACUUUUGGUUGUGAAAUACGUAAGCGGGUGUCAAACCAGCUAUAUUGGAGCUGUUAAGUGCGUUUGAGAUUGAUUUUAGAGGGUUGAAUCGAAUUUUGGAGAUUUUUUUAUAUUACACUUGCCUAGUGUAAUAUAAUUUUUGUUUGUAAAAUACGGAAUUUUGGUGUUGAAUUGUUUUUUUAGUCGUAAAAAGUUGAUUGAAAUUAUUUUUGGGGCAUCCAAUUUACUUUUGAGAGCCUGAUUAUCUUUGACUUGCCUAGUGUAAUAUAAUUUUUGAUGGUAAAAUACGCAGUUUUUUGUUGUGAUGGUUGCUUUUGGUCCAUUAAGACUAUUUAUGGAGAUUGAAUCGACUUUUGAGAUUUUUUUUAUAUUACACUUGACAUCAGAUCUAGUACAAUAUAAAAAUUUUUGAAGUUGUUCAUAAAAUAAAAUUUCAGGACGAACGCCGGAUCCUCCCACGGCGUUCCGCACGAAAUGCCGCCUAUUCGAACAUGAAACAGUUCACUACGCCGACUCGAAAGCGCGCCGAAAAGAAGGAAGAGCCCGAGAAAAAAGAGUCCGAACCCGAGGAAGAGGAGGAAGAAGAAGAGUUCGAAGACGAUGAAGACGACGACGAGAUCAGAUCCUCCGAUGAUGAGUUUGUCGUAAGCAAAAAGAAGGGCCGACGGCGGAGGUAUGAGCAAUUUUAUAUUAUACUAGGCCAUCUAAUGAAUUUUUUUGAUUUUUUUGGAAUUACGCAAAUUUUUAAAAUUUUUUGAUGGAUUCCUGGUUGCAGAAAGGGACUAACCCCAAGAAGGACUCGAAAGCCACGUCUGGACGAGGAUGGGGAACCCAUAAAACGCAGAAAACCGAAGCCAAAACCCGCCGUUUUGGAGGACUCCUCGGAGGAGGAGGAUGUGGAAGAAGAGGAGAAACAACGCAAAAAAGCGAAUGAAAAAACGUUGUGUAUGAAGUGCAACAAGGCCACAAGACCCAACGUGGUAGGUUUUGAGGGAAUUUGGAGGAUUUGAAAAUUUUCAAUUUGAAUUUCCCGCCAAAUUUGGCAUUGUGUUUUUUGAGGGUAAUAGAGGUUGGGAGAGGUGUGCGUAGGAAAAAAGAGGAAUUAAAGAGUAUUUGGAGUGAAUUUCAAGUGAUUUUAAGAGGUUUGAGGGGAUUGACGAUCAAAAGUAUCAAGGAUAAUAUAAAUUUUGAUGGUUUUUUGAAGAAAAAGUUAUGGUAGACCCUUAAUUUCGGCCGAUCUUGAUGUCCAAUGGCUUUUGAAUUAAAAUACAGGUGUUUUAAGGCAAAUUAGACGAUAUAUUUUUUCCAAAAUUUUGUGAAAAAUAACAAAAAAAUUCAAUUUUUCAGCUCCUCCUUUGCGACGAAUGCGACGACGCCUGGCACACGUUUUGCCUCACCCCCAAACUCAAGGAAGUCCCUCCCGGCGACUGGUUCUGCCCCAAAUGCAACCACAACAACCUGAUCCUGCGCCUUUCCGUGUGCUAUGUUGAUCUGGCCGAGAAGAUCAAAGCCAAGAGGAUUGAAGACGAAAGACGUCGAAUUCAAGAAGAAAAUGAACGAAGACGGAUGGAAAGAGCCUUGAGAAGAGAGCACGUCAACGGAAUUGACCUCCGCAACAUUGUGGAUGCAGAGGUAGGCGUUUUAAGCGGGAUUUUUUACAUUUUUAUGUUAUCCAUGAUGGAUAAGGUAAAUAACCGAAAAUUUUGAGUGUUCAUAGUGAUAAAUUGACCUGAAAGUUUUUUUGAAUGGUUCCUGGGGACAUAUAGGAUCUGUAUGAAACUUUUUGGGAGAUUUAAAAAUUUGAAAUUUCAAAUUUCCCGCCAAAUUUGGCAUUGUGUUUUAAAGCCUAAUAUGGUACGGAAAGGUUGAGAAAUGAAUGAAAUAUAGCUUUAAAGUGGGUAAAAUACGCACUGAGAGAUUUUUUGAUUUAAUUUUGAACAUGAAAUUAUAUUAUCCAUGAGAAUUUUGGACUUUUUUCCGAUAAAAGCUCAAUUUUUCCUUUAUCGGUGAAGCAGAGAUGUCAAAUUGAUAAAACCCGUGAUGUAAAAGUAGUUGUCAAUUUCUUCAGAAAAUUUGGAGAACGUAUUAAGUUGAGUUUUUGCGAUUUUUUGGCUUUAAAAUUGAUUUUAUGGGGAUUUUUUGGUAUGAAAUUUAUUUUUUUUGGGGCUAAAAUACAAAGAGAAUGCUGUAAUAGAGUGUGAUCUUUAGUUUAGAUCACUUUUCUUAUCAGUUAUUAACAAAAAAGUGAGUUUUUGCGAUUUUUUUUUGAUUUUUCCAAUUUUUUCUAACAAAAAAUCAAAAAAAAAAUAUCCGAAAACAGUGGAUGAGCUCUCCGUUUGAAUUAGGAAAGAUUUUGUGCCCUUUGGAGAGUGGCAUCAGCCCGAAAACAAGUCCAAAUUACCACUUCAAAUGGCUUGUUUACCACUUUUUUGGCGGAAAAUAUAGGAAUUCCGAAAAAAACUCGUGAUUUUUACAAGAAAACGACACCCAGAAGGCAUCAAUCGUGUCGGAAGAGCAUAAACGGACUCUAAACAUUCUUUUGCAGUUUUUGGACUAUUGAUUUUUUGAGCGAAUUUUCGAGAAAUUUGCAAUUUUUUGGAAUUUUUUAAAAAAUUUUUGGAGAUUUUUGUGCAAAAUGUUAUAGAAUAAGGUGCAGUAGGGCCUUAGAAUGCGUUAUCUAAUAGUUUUAUCUGGUUUUUUCUUCGAAAUUUGAGAAAAUUUAAUACUUUUUCGAAAUUUUUUGACUUUUUUUCUCACAAGGAAAGUACUCCUAUGGCGUAUGGAGUUUUCAGGUCGAGACAUGUAUCAAAGAAAUCGCAAAACUUUUCUGAUUCAGAAUAUGUAAAAAUUAGCUGCCCAAUUUUGGUUUGUAAGGGCGAAAAAAUCCUCAGAACUUUUAUCGCAACACCACACAAAUGGCUUUUUGACCAAGUUUUUACCAAAUAAGAGCGAAGGAAUAAGAGCGAAAAAAAUCUUCUGAAAAAAAUGCUUCAGCCUCUUUCUUUUUUUGUCGAAAGAGUCUCGAGCAGAUUCUCACCACUUGGGAAAGCGUCUGCCGUCACACUCUUUCUUCUCUUCUGGAGGAAGCGUCUGCGAGCAGGCUCUUCCCGACGUUUAUAAGCCCCGCCCCCCCCUCGAUUUUGAGCCAAUCGCUGAGUUGGUGGUUUUCUUGCAGAAAACGGUUGCCUUGGGUGAAAAUUUUUGCCGUUUCAUUAUUCCGGUGAUUUGGGCAUGUUUUUAUUUGUUUUAGAACUGUGAUAGCCUAGUCUUACUAUGGCUGUCAUUUGAAGAUUCAAUUGAAAAUCAGAUACAUUCCUGGUUAACACAAAGGUUAAGAAAAUAUUUACAGAACAAGUUUCACAGAUAUAUUUAUGUGCAACACAAGUAACAUCGAGUUACAUUUAGAUGUAGAGGGCCGCGGCGGAUUCUGCCCAUGGGCAUUCGUUUCCAUAUUCGCGGUCUCCCUUUCUUCCCCGUUGUUACUGAGAUUGGCAGUGCAAUUUUGGGACAUUGAGGCUGAAUUUGGAAAAAUUAAUAACUUUUCGAAAAUUUUACAUCUAAAAUAACAUCAAAACUCCUCAAAAAAACUCUCUCGGUCCUACUUAUUAUUGGCGCACCUGCAAACACUCACUAAACUGCACAUUUUACCUUAUUUUAGACAAAGAUACCUGAAAAUUUCAAAAAAUCUCGGUUUUGACGUAGGCCUGCAAAAAAUUUCAAAAAUAUCAACUAAAUCACUAUUCAUACUUUCUUUCUCCGUCUCCUAGGUAUUUCAUCACUCACAAAAAAUUGCACAAACAAAAAAUAAUAUUACUUUAGAUCCAAUCCGCUGAAAAGCCCAAAAACGCCUCAAAAAUCCCUUUCUUCUCCCUCAAAAGUCUAUGAAACUGUUACUUACUUUCCAUUCAACAAGUGGUGAAUAUCCCUGUCAUUGCUGGAUCCAGCUUCAUCAACUAUCACGAGGACCUUAUCCAUGGAGACCAAAUUCUUCUUGUCGCAUUUAUAUCUAAAAUGUUAAAAACAAAAAAUUCUAACUUACAAAGUCGUCCGAAUUCAUCGCUGUAGCGAUCACGUACUGUUGAAGUCGAACAUCAAGUGGGCCUGAAAGGUGUAAAACAAGUUCAGAUAUGGAGUUCGCAGUUGGCCAAGUAGGAAAGAUUAGGCCUAAAAUUACGUAAACAUGCUAGCAAAAUGAGGCAACUUACAUUUCGCCGCGUCGGUCCGCUCUUCUUCGUCAAAAUUCGCUAUCAUUCAUCGAUGAGCUAGGUUCACCUCCAUCUAUUGUUGUCGGCCACUUUUCUUUGGUCAAAACGACUGAAAAUUGUUCGGGCGCAAGCUGCGGAACCUUUUUUUCGCUUGGGCUGGAGAAAUGAAGUUUUACCAACAACUUUGAUGCCAAAAAAGGACGACGAAGAUUGAUAUGCGAUUGAUGAAGGCCUGGAAACACCGCCCAUAAGAGGUUGAACUGGAUCUACUGCAAAUCAUGGACUUAUAUUCGGCCUCCAAUGUCUGGACUCGGAAAAGGUACGUAGAAUGUUAAAUUGUUGAUAGUAUUGGUAAGUUUAAGCCGAAAUAUCUCCGCAUCAUGUGCAUCGAGAUGUUUCAAUAGUUCAGGUGGAGGACAAGCAUAAUAAUGAUGCGGCUUACGAAGUAAAUGAAGUCCCUCUUCAUCGGCUUGAAAGAUGGUAAGUUCUUUUCUUCUGUUUUGCGUUGUUGAUUUAGGAAAUAUUCAACCACCACACCGUCUUCAUCAAUCCGAUUACAGAUGUGGUCUACUAAUGAGAAACACGUGAUCUUCUGGACCCCUCCUAUGCGCAAGACUGUUUGCUCCCGGCGACUAAACCCAAAUGUAAGGAGUACACCAAAUUCUGGAUAAGCUAGCUCCACCGAAUGCAUUCGCAGCCAGCCGUUCAACAACCCCAUAGGUACGCGAAAAAGUGCACAACUUUCCGGCUAUUAUUCCUAUUACAAUUCAGCCACCAUGGUUUAUUAUCUCUGUUACCUGAAUUACAUUUUUGUGACCUUUAUAUCACAUUUAUAUAUUAUAUCUGAUUUCUCCGAUAUCUGUUUCUUAGACGCCUUUAUUUAUUGUUAUUAAAGAUUAGUUAUUCAUUUAUUUUAUAGAAAAUGAACGAAGAGUGUUAGAUUGUACUGUCCAAACUUUUUUGUCAAAGAAAAAAUGUAAAAAACAUCGUAUAUUUGAAAAGAACAGUGCUUUAUUUACUAAAUGGCAACAUUUCAAUUCGCCAUUUUUCCCCAAAAUCCUGCAGAAGUGGGCGGAGCCAAUAGGCGGAAAGAGUCUCGACCCACACUCUUCCCCCACCUUUUUGGCGCGAGCGUCUGCUCGAGACUCUUUCCGCCUCUCAGAUUCUUUCCCAAAUGGGAAGAGUUCGUAAACACACUCUUCCGAACGAAAAGGAAAGAAGCUGAAGCAUUUUUUUCAGAAGAUUUUUUUCGCUCUUAUUCCUUCGCUCUUAAAUCAAAAGCUUUUUUAAAAAUCACGAUUUUUUUUUGAUAUAUGUCUCGACCUGUAACUCCAUACCCCAUAGAAUAUAAAAUUGGUAUUUUUUGAAGCCGAAACUUGAUUUAGUCAUUAAAACGCCUUGAAUUACUAUGAAUCACACAAUUUCCUUGAAUUUCAACGACCAAUUUUUCCCAUUCAAAGCCAUUUACAGCCUUUUUUGGGCCACUUUUUCUUCUUUUUGUUGUGUUUCCCUCGCGUUUUUUUUUAUUACCCCAAAAAGAGCCCGGAAUAGCGCCGCAAGAAAGCGCCGCGGCGUUCCACACAUCGUUCCGCAUCGGUUCUUCUGUCCCCGGAGUGAAGUGUUUACCCCACAAACAGCAUUUUUUUGCGUUUUUUGAGCCUGUUUUUGCACCCAAAAAAUCGAAGGAGAAAUUUUUUUGGAAAACACGUGCCCGCUUUUAGAUCCUUUCGGCCGGGUCUAACGCAAAAUUGCGACCAUCGAUCGGCGAUUUUUCAUUGGAAUUUUGAAGGCUUUGAAUUUUUUGGAGGUUUUCGAGGAAAAUUGGAAUUUUCUGGAAAAAUAUUCGACUUUCUUGGAGGAAUCCGGGGAUUUUAAACAAGAAUAAAGACUUGUGAAGCCGUUGGGCUUCAUAAAAUUGAAUUUGGAAACUGUUUUGAGCAUUUUUUUGAGGGGUUUUUGCGAAAAUUUGGGAUUUUUUGAGAAUUUUUGGGAUUUUUGAGGAAAAUUGGAAUUUUCUGGAAAAAUAUUCGACUUUUUUGGAGGAAUCUGGGCAUUUUAAACAAGAAUAAAGACUUUUGAAGCCGUAGGGUAUCGUGAAAUUGAAUUUCGAAACUGUUUUGAGUCUUUUUGGAGGGUUUUUUGCGAAAAUUUGGGAUUUUUUGAGAAAUUUUGGAGGUUUUUGAGGAAAAUUGGAAUUUUCUGGAAAAAUAUUCGACUUUUUUGGAGGAAUCUGGGCAUUUUAAACAAGAAUAAAGACUUUUGAAGCCGUAGGGUAUCGUGAAAUUGAAUUUCGAAACUGUUUUGAGUCUUUUUGGAGGGUUUUUUGCGAAAAUUUGGGAUUUUUUGAGAAUUUUUGGAGGUUUUCGAGGAAAUUCGGAAUUUUCUGGAAAAAUAUUCGACUUUUUUGGAAGAAUCUGGGGAUUUUAAACAAGAAGAAAGACUUGUGAAGCCGUUGGGCUUCAUGAAAUUGAAUUUCGAAACUGUUUUGAGUAUUUUUUUGAGGGUUUUUUGCGAAAAUUUGGGAUUUUUUAGAGAAUUUUUGGGAUUUUUCAAAAUUUUCGGACUUUUUUCUUGGAGUUUAUGUAUAAUAAGGCAGGAGAAGAGCUGAAGGAGCUCUGGGAUGUUGUGAAAUACGAUUUUGAAAUGUUUAUUGACAUUAUUUUUGGGUUUUUAUAGAAAUUUUUUUUUAAUUUCGGAAAAUUUGGGAAUAUUUGGUUUUUUGAAGAAAUUUUUUACAUUUUUCGGUGAAAUAGAGAGUGUAGAGACCCUGAAAAACCUGUAAGGUGUUGUAAAAUACGAUUUGUCCAUUUUUUUGACCUUGAUUUCGACUUUUUUUGAGGAAAAAUUAGAAAUUUCCCGGAUUUUUGGUAAAAAUUAUAAAAUCUUGAGUUUUAAUGGGAUUUUUUGGCUUGAAAUGGUAGAAUAGCGGAUGGGCAGAGUCUCUUUAGUAUUUUGAAAUCGUAAACAACCUUUUAUGCGGAUGUUUUUGUCACUUCUCCGCUGAUAUUUGGUCUAAAAUCACGUUUUUUUCGCGGUUUUGAUGAGUAAUUAGGAUUUUUUGAGCUGAUUUUUGUUAUAAUGAGUUUUUAUUGGCUUAAAAAAAGAUUUAGAAGGGAGAUUUUCGAAUUUGGAAAGAAAAAUUAUAUUAAUUUAGGCGAUUUUUUGAUCUUUUUUUCCUUAAUUUUUUUUAUUUUUUUAAAAAAUUUUGCAAUUUUUUUUCAGUUCCAAGCCCCACAACCCGAGCCCGAAUCGGAAAGCGAGGAGGAUUUGGAUGACGGCCAACGAAAGUCGAAGAAAAAAGCCCUGAAGCAGUUUGGGCACACCAAAAAAGAGAAGCUCCCCACCUAUCCGCUGGUCACAAUUGCCGCCGGCAGAAGUCGAAGGCAUCUGAACAACGUGGAUUACAACUUCCGCGCCUACGACGACCAAAUUAUUGAAGCUAUGGACGCGAUUGAUGAGCCCGGAUCCAGCAAUAGUAGAGGUAAGGGUCUUUUUUUUUGAUUUUUUUUUUUGAUGUUUAGGAAGAGAUUUGGACAAGUUGUGAGGAGAUUUUGAAUUUUCGGGAGAUUUUUUGAAAUUUUGACAUCAAUUUUUAUAAAAAAAUCGAAAAAAAAUUAAUUUCGAAAAAAUAAAAAGUCGUAUUUUAGAGAGAGAUUCGGCGCCAUUGGGACGAUUUUUGAAUUUUUUGGGAUUUUUUAAAAAUUUUGACAUCAAUUUUUAUAAAAAAACCGAAAAAAAAUUAAUUUCAAAAAAAAAAUAAAAAAUCGUAUUUUAGCAAAAAAUACCCUCAGUUUUGAUGAAACUUGCCAGAAAUUUAGAUUAGAAUUUUCUAAAACAUAUGUGAGAUUUUUAGCUCGCGAUUUGCAAUAGCCAUCCAGAUUUUUAGAUCGAAAAAUGCUGAAAAUUCCAAAGAAAACUCGAUUUUUUUGUAAAAAUUGAUGUCAAAAUUUUUAAAACAAUCUCAAAAAUUCAAAAAUCGCCGCAAUGGCCAAGAAUCUCUCCCUAAAAUACGAUUUUUUAUUUUUUCAAAAUUAAUUUUUUUUUCGAUUUUUUUAUAAAAAUUGAUGUCAAAAUUUUUUUAACCCCCAAAAAUAUCCAAAAUAGGCCCCGAAUGUCACCCUAAAAUACGAUUUUUUUAUUUUUUUCGAAAUUCAUUUUUUUUCGAUUUUUUGAAAUCUUGAAUGACCAAAAAUUUGUUCAGAAGAACGCCCCAACGGUCUGGGUCGCGGCAAGGACAUGCAAAACAUCAUCGAAGCGGACGAAAAACGCCAAAGUCAGGGCUCGGAAAACGGGCAAGAGAAUGGCGAAGAGCCGGCCAAAAACGGCAAAGAAAAGUCGCCAAAGAAGGAGCGAAAGCCGAAAAAGUCGAAGAAAUUGACCCAACUCGAUCUGGACAACAUGACCGAGUCGGACACGGACGAAUAUAACGUGACCGAAGAGGAGGAGGAAGAGGAGGAAAUCCCUUCCGAAGACGAAUACGUACCCGAAGAAGAGGUCCGUCGAAGAGGCACCAGAAAUAGACAUCAAUCUGAUGAUGAAUUCAUUGAUGACAGCGAUAGCGACUUUGAAAUCGGAAGCAAGAAGAAAAAGGGAGGAAAACAGAAGAAAACCCCCGGAAAAAGGGGAAAUAGACGAGGAAAGGGAAGGAAAAAGUGAGUGGAAUUAAAGUUUAUAGUCUUGCUGAAGUGUAGGACAGGUUUAUUUGGAGAAAAAAUAGUGUAAAUUGAGGUUUUCAAAAGGUUAUUGGGGAAAAAUAGAGGAAAAAUCAAAAAUUUUUGGAUUUUUCAAAAUUUUGAUAGCUAAAGUAAGGUCCAAUAGAAGUAAUAAGUCUUAUUAGAGAUGGAAAUAACAAAACAAAGAGUAAAAUAGAGUAUUACUGGCUGUUGUUAUUAAUUUUAGCCAUCUUUGGAUAUUAUCCAUGAAAAUUUUUUGCGAUUUUUGAUCAAAUUUCGAUUUUAAACCUGCUUUUUGUUGCUAAUUUAGUGUUCCGAGGGGAUUUUUAGACUGUAAAUUAAUAAGGCUAUCUAUUUGGAUGAAAAAAUUUUUAAUUUAUUACCUAAUUUUGCAACUUUCAGAUGGUCCGACACAGAAGAAGAAACCGAAGAAGAGGAAGAGGAAUUCAUCAGCGAAUCCGACUCCGAAACCGAACGCAAGUCCAAACGCAAGCCUGCACCGCGAAAAUGGGGCCCUAAGGCGUCGUCGAGCGAGAGCGAAGAGGUGGAAGCCGAAGAAUCGGAGGAGUCGGAAGACGAAAAAGAAAAGACCGAAAGCGGCCGACCACUCCGUCGCGCCGCCAAAGGGGUCAGCAAAAAGUUGCACGAUCUGGAAGAGACCGAGAAAGAGCUGGAGGAGGAGAUUGGCGAGGAGGAGGAGGACGUAAAAGAUGAGCGAAGCGCCGCCGAAAAAGUCAUCGGCCGCCCGCGACCGCGACGAAUCGCCAGCGACGAGGAGGAGGAGGCGGACGAAUUCCGACCCGACGAAGAGCCCGAGGAGGAAGAGGAGGCGGAAAUUGAAGAGGAAUUGGCCAAGGAGUUGGAGGAAAAGAAACGAAAAAAGUUGGAGCACGAAAAGGAAAAGGAGACCUCGAAGAAACGCAAAAUUGUCGAAGAAGACGAAGAGGAACCGCCCAAAAAGAAGCCCGAACCGAAAGUAGAACAAAGGAAAGAAGAGAAAAUAGAACAAAGACGCUCGCCAACCAAGAGCCCACCGAAGAAACAAAGAAAUUCGCCGGCCAAGUCACCACCUAAAACAAUAUCCAGAAGAGGCUCCAACUCAACCCCCACGACCAACACACCCACCAGCACACAGAACAAACCAACACAACCCUCAGUGAAGCCGCUGGUACAGUUGGCGGUCCCAAUUGCACCCCCAGUCCAACAUCUCCCACAUCCCCAUCAACUACCCCCGCAGGGAUAUAAUAUGCAUCCGUACGCACAUCUCCCACCACACAUGCGCCCGCCCACCUACAUGCCACCCCCUCCGCAUGGUAAUCAAUACGGUGACUAUUAUGGUGGUGGGUUUUACGUUCAGUUUUGAGUUGAAUUUUAAUUUUUGGUUCAGGUGCCUAGUGGAAUAUAAAAAUUUUGAGUUUGUUAGGUUGGAGAGUUGGGAGAGGCGGGAAAUUGUAGAGUAUAGCUUUUAAUGUUAUUUGAGAGCAUUUGGACCUUAGUUUUUUGGUUUUACUUGAGUUGUUAUUAUGUUUUUGGAUCAGAUGCCAAGUGUAAUAUAAUGUCAAAAAAUUGUCAUUUUUCGAUAUUUUUUCUUUGAAUAAUGUUGUAGUAUGAAAGAGUAAGCCUUAGAGAGUUGAUUUGUACUAAAUUUGUGUCCUUUUUGACAUUUUUUGAUCAUAUUUUACCUAAACUUUGGUUUAGGUAGUAUAACAUCCAAAAAAAGCUCCGAUCCAAUUUUUUAUGGUUGAUUUAAAAGAGAGUUUUUUACAAAUUGAAGCUUCUCAUAACAAGGGCCGGACAUUUCGAAAAAACGACCGACUCAGAAUCUUUUGAUAUUUUGCAUAGUUGGUGUACUAUGAUAGCUGAACGUCAGCACGAAUUUUUAGUUUCGGAAAUUACCGUAUACGGGGGUUACGGUAGGUACAAUUUUUAGAAAGAUUGGGUUCGUAUGUAAAAACCUUAAGGAGUAAAGGCACAAAACCUCGCCGUUUUACGUUUUUGACCAUGGGGAACAUUUUCAUAAUUGACAACUUUGCCGUAGGAUGUUGCCUUCGACUACUUUGAAAAAUACCAAGGUACCAUAUUGAAUGUAACUUUUUUGCAGAGCACUUGUCUCAACUUUUGAAACCUUUCAAAAAUACGUUGACAUGUAUGGAACAACAUAUCAAAAAUUUAGAAAAAUAAAAGGGGGGGUUUUGGAGUUACGGUACUUUGAAUGUUGCCGGUACGGUAUAUCAAAAAAUUAUUUUUUUCAAAAUCGGUGUAGAAGACCCGCAAACAUUGCUAAAAUACGUUUUCGACCAUGGCGAACAUUUUUGUAAUUGACACUUUUUUUGUAGGAUGUAGUCUUCGCCUACUUCGAAAAUGACCCAGAUACCAUGUGUAAUGUAACUCUUCGGCAUUCUACUUGUCUCAACUUUUGAAACCCCAGAAAAAUACGUUGACAUGUACGGAACAACAUAUCAAAAAUUUAGAAAAAUAAAAGGGGGGGUUUUGGAGUUAUGGCACUUUUAACGUUGCCGGUACGGUAUAUCAAAAUUUCAUUUUUUCUAAAAUUGGAGUAGGACAACCGCGAACCUUGCCAAUAUACGUUUCCAACCAUGGGGAACAUUUUUGUAAUUGACAGUUUUGUUCUAGGAUGCAGCCUUCGACCGGUUUGAGAAAUAUCAAGAUACCAUGUUCAAUAUAACUUUCCGGCAUUCAACUUGUCUCAACUUUUGAAACUUUUCAAAAACACCUUGACAUAUGUGUAACAACAUAUCAAAAAUUUAGGAAAAUAAAAGGGGGGGUUUUGGAGUUAUAGCACUUUGAAUGUUGGACAUACAGUACACCAAACUUUUUCUGUGAUGCUGACAUCCGAUAUUGAUAGAUUCCACCGUCGUAUGGCACACACGUCUCUAAACCGUGUCAAUUGUUACAAAAAAAUUAAGAAAUCACUGAUCUUGCUGUUACAGUAACCAGUCAUCUGCGCACGAUAUGUUACAGUAUGCUUAGGUCUAGUUUUUUUGAUUUUUUUGUGAAAAUAGUUUGUGAGGGUCGUACAACAUAGAUAAAACAUUACAUUUUGUUUUUAAAAUAAUCUACGUAAAGUUAAGCCGAGAAUAAAUCGAGGUGUACUGUAUGUCCAACAUUCAAAGUGCUAUAACUCCAAAACCCCCCCUUUUAUUUUCCUAAAUUUUUGAUAUGUUGUUACACAUAUGUCAAGGUGUUUUUGAAAGGUUUCAAAAGUUGAGACAAGUUGAAUGCCGGAAAGUUAUAUUGAACAUGGUAUCUUGACAUUUCUCAAACCGGUCGAAGGCUGCAUCCUAGAACAAAACUGUCAAUUACAAAAAUGUUCCCCAUGGUUGGAAACGUAUAUUGGCAAGGUUCGCGGUUGUCCUACUCCAAUUUUAGAAAAAAUGAAAUUUUGAUAUACCGUACCGGCAACGUUAAAAGUGCCAUAACUCCAAAACCCCCCCUUUUAUUUUUCUAAAUUUUUGAUAUGUUGUUCCGUACAUGUCAACGUAUUUUUCUGGGGUUUCAAAAGUUGAGACAAGUAGAAUGCCGAAGAGUUACAUUACACAUGGUAUCUGGGUCAUUUUCGAAGUAGGCGAAGACUACAUCCUACAAAAAAAGUGUCAAUUACAAAAAUGUUCGCCAUGGUCGAAAACGUAUUUUAGCAAUGUUUGCGGGUCUUCUACACCGAUUUUGAAAAAAAUAAUUUUUUGAUAUACCGUACCGGCAACAUUCAAAGUACCGUAACUCCAAAACCCCCCCUUUUAUUUUUCUAAAUUUUUGAUAUGUUGUUCCAUACAUGUCAACGUAUUUUUGAAAGGUUUCAAAAGUUGAGACAAGUUCUCUGCAAAAAAGUUACAUUCAAUAUGGUACCUUGGUAUUUUUCAAAGUAGUCGAAGGCAACAUCCUACGGCAAAGUUGUCAAUUAUGAAAAUGUUCCCCAUGGUCAAAAACGUAAAACGGCGAGGUUUUGUGCCUUUACUCCUUAAGGUUUUUACAUACGAACCCAAUCUUUCUAAAAAUUGUACCUACCGUAACCCCCGUAUACGGUAAUUUCCGAAACUAAAAAUUCGUGCUGACGUUCAGCUAUCAUGGUACAACAACUAUGCAAAAUAUCAAAAGAUUCUGGGUCGGUCGUUUUUUCGAAAUGUCCGGGCCAUCCAUCGAUUUGUAAAAAACUCUCUUUUAAAUGCAGGACAGUUUGAAAAGGCCUGAAAUGUGAUUUAACAAUCAUUUUGACUCGCUAGGGCCUUCAAAACAGCCUAUUUUUAACAAUUUCUAGUCAAGUUGCCUAGUGUAAUAUCGAAAAAUCUCCGAGAAACCCCUGAGAUCAGCAAUUUUAUUAUUCCAAAUUGCCUCAAAAUAAUGUCCAUUCAAUUUCAGGACCUCCGCAAUACAUGCCGCCCACUUCCGGCUACCCUCCACCACAUCAUCAUGCGUAUCCGCAUUAUCCCCCAAUGCCGUAAGUUUUUGAGGGGUUUUUUGAAAAAUUCAGUGGUGAAAAUUGGAGUUGGACGAUUGGGAAAAAAGAUGAUUGGGGAAAAGUACCAUUGGGGAAACCGAAAAGUAUUAUUUUUCUUCGAUACAAGUGUAGAAAUUAGGAUAAUCGAGGUUCGAAAAUGACAUUAAUUUUUUUUUUUUAUCGUUACUUUUUUCUUUAAGUAGUAUUGUAAAGAAGUAAUUUUUUCAAUUUUUUUCAUGAAUACUCGAUUUGAUGGUCUUCGAUGGUGCUGCUUUCACAAUGAAAGUACUUCUAUGGGGUAUGGAGUUACAGGUCGAGAGAUAUAUCAAAAAAUCGCAAAAUUUUUCUGAUUCAGAAUAUGUAAAAAUUAACUGCCUAAUUUUGGUUUGUAAGGGCGAAAAACCCUCUUGACUUUUCUUGCAAUACCACGCAAAUCCCUUUUUGAACAAGUUUUUACCAAGUAAACAGUUAGCAGUUUCAAUAUAAAAAAGAGGCUUCUGCGUGGUAUUGCGAGAAAAUUUAUGAGGGUUUUUUCGCCCUUACAAACCAAAAUUAGGCAGCUAAUUUUUACACAUUCUGAAUCAGAAAAUUUUUGCGAUUUUUUGAUAUAUCUCUCGAUCUGUAACUCCAUACCCGCAUAGAAGUACUUUCCUUGUGAAAGCAGCACCAUCGAAGACCAUCAAAUCGAGUAUCAUGAAAAAAAUUCUAAAAAUUACUACUUUACAGUACUACUUAAGAAAAAAAGUAAAGAUCAAAAAAAAUUAAUCUCAUUUUCGAACCCUCGAUUAUCCUAAUUUCGACACUGGCAUCGAAGAAAAAUAAUACUUUUCGGUUUCCCCAAUCGUCCCAGUUCCGUAAAAAUUGACUGUUCAUGAUGGCCUGAGAUAUUUUAGAGACUAAUUCUUAAUUCCCGAUUGUUUCAGAGGCUACCCCAUGCAACCGACCAGCGAAUCCGACGUCGCUCAUCUCCAGCCCCUGAGGCCAGUCGAAUCGGACAGUCUGAGUCAUGUUCUGGGCGGCGCAAUGAACCCAGACGCCUUAUAA